GUGAGUUGAGUGAUUAAAACGCUUUUUAACCCGUUUCGGAGUGAGCCGAGUUGCAGCGAUCGUGAUAUUGAGGAUUUUCCGAACCAAAUGUCACACGCAGUGACUCCAAUCUCCGCCAAGUCCUUCGCACUAAACAACCAGUGUUCCAAACUUCGGAUCGCGAAUUGCUUUGACUCCAUUUUCUCCUUCUCGCGUAGGAUAAACUUCAGGGCGAAGGAUAAAUUUCGGGGCAAAGUUUGAGAUCUUUUUUGUGCAAAAGCUGCUAAUAUAGACUAAAAUUUGGUUUAGGGAGAAGGAAACAAUGGGACGCCUGAAGCUGCAGUCUGGGAUCAAUGCAAUUGAAGAAGAACCGGAAGACUCUGAGGCUAGUUUUCCUGAUAAAGAGAGAUCUUCUUUAGCAUGUAUGAUCAAUUCGGAAAUUGGUGUUGUGCUUGCGGUGAUGCGGAGGAAUGUAAGGUGGGGAAGUCGUUAUACUUCAGGCGAUGACCAGCUUGAACAUACUCUUAUCCAAUCCCUCAAGGCAUUGCGUAGAAAAAUAUUUUCAUGGCAGCAUGAGUGGUAUACAAUCAAUCCCAUCGUGUAUCUGCAGCCAUUUUUAGACGUGAUCAGAUCUGAUGAAACUGGUGCGCCAAUCACAGGUGUCGCUUUGUCAUCACUUUACAAGAUUUUGAGUCUUGAUGUUCUUGAUUUGAACACCGUCAAUGUGGAAGAUGCUAUGCACCUAGUGAUUGAUGCCGUGACUAGCUGCAGAUUCGAGGUAACAGAUCCAGCAUCAGAGGAAGUAGUUCUGAUGAAGAUACUCCAGGUUCUUAUGGCUUGCAUGAAAAGUAAGGCAUCAGUGAUGUUGAGUAAUCAGCAUGUUUGUACCAUCGUAAACACAUGCUUCCGUGUAGUUCAUCAAGCAGGAACAAAGGGGGAGCUGUUGCAGAGGAUAGCCCGUCAUGGAAUGCAUGAACUUGUACGAUGUAUUUUUUCACAUCUGCGAGAUGUUGACAACACAGAUACUUCCUUGGUGAAGGGAGGCACUUCCACCUUGCAGGAGGUUGGUGGGCUGCAUAGCAAUUAUAGCACUGGCAGUAAACAAUCAGAAAACGACAAUAGUACCUCUGAUUACAAUACUCAAACAUCCUCCGGAAGUUUUGCAUCUAAUACUUCAGCUGGCAUGGUUGGUGUGACGGGUGAAACUAUUGUUACUUCCAGUAAUGGAAAGGAUAUUGAUACGUAUGAUUUUCAUUUGAUGACUGAGCCAUAUGGGAUCCCCUGUAUGGUGGAGAUUUUCCAGUUCUUGUGCUCAUUAUUAGAUGUUGUUGAGCACAUGGGAAUGGGUCCUAAAGCCAACACUAUUGCCUUUGAUGAAGAUGUUCCUUUUUUUGCAUUGGGUUUGAUUAAUGCUGCAAUUGAACUGGGCGGUUCUUCUAUUGGCCGCCACCCCAGAUUGUUGGGUUUGGUACAGGAUAAGCUGUUUUGUUAUCUAAUGCAAUUUGGAUUGUCAAUGAGUCCGCUGAUUCUUUCGAUGGUGUGCAGCAUUGUUUUAAAUCUGUACCAGAACUUGCGUACUGAACUAAAAUUGCAGCUGGAAGCCUUCUUUUCUUGUGUGAUUCUAAGGCUCGCACAAAGCCGUUAUGGAGCUUCUUACCAGCAGCAGGAGGUUGCAAUGGAAGCCCUUGUUGACUUUUGUAGACAAAAAGCCUUUAUGGUGGAAAUGUAUGCGAAUUUAGACUGCGACAUAACUUGCAGUAAUGUGUUUGAAGACAUUGCUAACUUGUUAUGUAAAAGUGCGUUUCCGGUGAACUGCCCUUUGUCGGCAAUGCACAUCCUUGCUUUGGACGGUCUUAUCGCUGUGAUUCAAGGAAUGGCUGAGCGGAUUGGCAACAUGUCAGCUGGAUCAGAACCCAGCCCUGUACAUCUUGAGGAGUACACUCCAUUCUGGAUGGUAAAGUGUGACAAUUACAAUGACCCUAAUCAUUGGGUUCCAUUUAUCCGUCGGAGGAAGUAUAUUAAAAGAAGGCUAAUGAUAGGUGCUGAUCACUUUAACAGGGAUCCUAAGAAAGGGCUAGAAUUUCUCCAAGGAACACAUCUCUUGCCCGACAAACUUGACCCCCAGAGUGUGGCUUGCUUUUUCAGGUACACUGCUGGAUUGGAUAAGAAUCUAGUUGGCGACUUUUUAGGCAAUCAUGAUGAGUUUUGUGUCCAAGUACUUCAUGAAUUUGCGUGGACUUUCGAUUUCCAAGACAUGAAUUUGGACACCGCGCUGCGCCUUUUCUUGGAAACUUUUAGAUUACCAGGGGAAUCACAGAAGAUUCAGAGGGUGCUUGAGGCAUUCUCGGAAAGAUAUUAUGAGCAAUCACCUUUGAUUCUAGCCAACAAGGACGCUGCUUUACUCUUGUCUUAUUCAAUAAUAAUGCUCAAUACAGACCAACACAAUGUGCAAGUAAAGAAAAAAAUGACAGAAGAGGAUUUCAUUCGAAAUAAUAGGCAUAUAAAUGGAGGUAAUGAUCUUCCACGUGAUUUUUUAAUAGAGCUGUAUCAUUCAAUCUGCAAGAAUGAGAUUCGUACGACCCCGGAACAAGGUGCAGGUUUCCCUGAAAUGACCCCAAGCCGUUGGAUUGAUUUAAUGAACAAAGCAAAGAAGACUGCACCCUUCAUUAUCUCUGAUUCCAAGGCUCACCUUGACCGAGAUAUGUUCGCUAUAAUGUCAGGUCCCACAAUUGCUGCUAUUUCUGUUGUAUUUGAUCAUGCUGAACUUGACGAUGUAUAUCAGACGUGUAUUGACGGUUUUUUAGCUGUUGCAAAAAUUUCGGCUUGCCAUCAUCUUGAAGAUGUUCUGGAUGACCUGGUCGUGUCACUCUGCAAAUUUACAACCUUGUUGAAUCCUACAUUUGCCGAAGAACCUGUUCUAGCCUUUGGCGAUGAUUCAAAAGCUAGGAUGGCAACAAUUACAGUCUUCACAAUUGCCAAUAGAUAUGGUGAUUUUAUCCGUGCUGGCUGGAGGAAUAUUCUGGAUUGUAUCUUGAAGUUGCAUAAGCUUGGUCUUCUUCCUGCUCGUGUAGCCAGUGAUGCAGCUGAUGAUUCAGAACACACAGCAGAACCUGGGCAUGGAAAACCUCCAACUAAUUCACUAUCUUCAGCUCACUUGCAAUCUGUGGGUACUCCAAGAAGAUCUUCUGGUUUAAUGGGCCGAUUUAGUCAGCUCUUGUCUCUUGAUACAGAGGAGCCAAGAUUGCAACCCACUGAACAACAACUUGCUGCUCAUCAACGAACCCUUCAGACAAUACAGAAGUGCCACAUUGACAACAUUUUCACAGAAAGCAAGUUUCUGCAAUCGGAUUCUUUGUUACAUCUUGCACGAGCCCUUAUUUGGGCUGCGGGCCGCCCACAAAAGGGAAACAGUUCUCCUGAAGAUGAAGAUACUGCAGUUUUCUGCUUGGAAUUGUUGAUUGCAAUCACACUAAAUAAUCGAGAUAGGAUAGUGCUAUUGUGGCAGGGUGUCUACGAGCACAUAUCUAACAUUGUUCAGUCAACUGUCAUGCCAUGCGCCCUGGUUGAGAAAGCUGUUUUUGGACUGCUCAGGAUUUGCCAGCGGCUCCUUCCCUAUAAAGAAAAUCUAGCUGAUGAAUUGUUGAGAUCGCUGCAGCUUGUUUUGAAGCUUGAUGCCCGUGUUGCUGAUGCAUACUGCGAGCAGAUCACACAGGAAGUCAAUCGCCUUGUUAAAGCAAAUGCCACACACAUCCGAUCCCCAAUGGGCUGGCGAACCAUCACAUCGUUACUCUCUUUCACGGCUCGACAUCCAGAAGCUUCUGAAGCAGGGUUUGAUGCACUGAUGUUCAUCAUGUCUGAAGGAGCUCACUUAGUUCUAGCAAAUUACGUUCUCUGUGUUGAUGCAGCCAGACAGUUUGCGGAGUCUCGUGUUGGUCAGGUUGAUAGGUCUGUGCUUGCUCUGGAUCUUAUGGCAGGUUCUGUUUCCUGCCUAGCUAGGUGGGCUCAAGAAGCCAAGGACGUAAUGGGUGAAGAGGCUACCAAAGCGUCUCAUGAUAUUGGGGAAAUGUGGCUGAGGUUAGUGCAGGGACUGAGGAAAGUUUGUCUUGACCAGAGAGAAGAAGUCAGGAACCGUGCUCUCUUGUCGUUGCGUAUGUGUCUAACAGGUGUGGAUGAUGUCAAUCUUCCAUAUGGAUUGUGGUUGCAGUGUUUUGAUAUGGUUAUCUUCACUGUGCUUGAUGAUUUACUGGAAAUAGCGCAAGGGCAUUCUCAAAAAGACUACCGCAAUAUGGAGGGGACACUUGUCCAUGCUCUGAAACUACUCUCUAAAGUGUUCCUACAGUUACUUCAUGAUCUAUCUCAGCUCACAACCUUUUGCAAGUUGUGGCUGGGUGUUCUCAGUCGGAUGGAAAAAUAUUUGAAAGUAAAAGUCAGAGGGAAAAAAAGUGAGAAGCUUCAAGAACUUGUGCCGGAGCUGCUUAAAAACACUUUGAUUGUAAUGAAGACAAAAGGGGUACUGGUGCAAAGAAGUGCCUUGGGUGGAGAUAGCUUGUGGGAGUUGACAUGGUUACAUGUGAAUAACAUCGCCCCAACUCUACAAUCAGAAGUGUUUUCAGACCAAGAUUCCGGGCAGUCAUGGCCUAAUUUAGGUGAAGUAGGGGAAAAUUGUGUUCCCAGUGAAUCUGUUUCUGUUCCACACAAAACGAUGGUUAAAAAUUAACACUGUAUUGUGUGACCUGGAUUAGUAUCUGAGUGCUUGUUGUUUACCUGUCUAAAGCUUGAUAGUGAGCAUGGUCUGCUAUUGUUGUUAAGCUGUAUGUUGUGUAAAGGUACCUGAGAUUUAAUAGAUUUGCGUCCACAUCUUUCUGGAAAAGUUUGUUUUCCUUAUUUUCUGUGUAGGCUGAAGGUGUGGCAUUAACGUUUUACUUGGUUAUUUUUGUUUUGGUAAUCUGAAGGUGAAGUUUUACUCAAGUUCGUAGUCUGUAUUGAGCUAGAUUUCAUUUUAUUUAAAUUGAAGGAGUUGAUUUUGUUUGUGUA